AUGUCUUAUGCAGUUGCACUUUUUCCCUUGUUGCAGCAUUAUCAAACAUCCCAGGAAAUGAUAGAAAGUAGAAUUACCACCAGCAUGUCAGGAAUUCUCGAAAAUUCAGGUCAUCAUCCCUCUCCACAAGACUACAGACUUCUGACCACAGACCCCUCCCAGCUCCGAGAGGAGGAUCUCCCCGGGGACCUGCAGCCUUUGUCGUGGCUCACCUCUGUAGAUGUUCCCCGGCUGCAGCAGAUGGCCGAUGGUCGCGGUGGUGGCGGAGGAGACUUCAACGGGCCUUCCCAGGGGCAGGGGGGCAGCCUGCUGGAGCAGCAGACAGCUCAGCUGAACAACAUAACCAUGGCAGGGGGACAGGGAGCCAUGAUCCACCUACAGAGCAACAUGCAGCACAGCCCCCUGGGAAUUAACAUGUCUCCGUUCUCCAUGAAUGGGCAGCCCUCCCCAGGGCACCAAUGCCCUGCCUCUGUCUACCAACCUACACCCCAACAAGUGUUCACUCUGACCCAGACUAGCCAGCAGUGUACUCCUGCUGGGCUCUAUGGCAAUGUCUCGUUCAACAACCAAAGCCUGUUCACACAGCCGCGCCUGGCUCCACAAAAUCAGGACCUGCAGCCCAAGACUUUCCCCAAGCCCAUCUACUCCUACAGCUGUUUGAUCUCUAUGGCUCUGAAGAACAGCAAGACAGGCAGUCUCCCAGUCAGCGAGAUCUACACCUUUAUGAAGGAACAUUUUCCCUACUUUAAGACAGCACCAGACGGAUGGAAGAACUCAGUCCGACACAACCUGUCACUAAACAAGUGCUUUGAGAAGGUGGAGAACAAGACCAGUGGGUCGUCUCGUAAGGGCUGCCUCUGGGCCCUGAACCCGGUCAAGAUCGACAAGAUGGAGGAGGAGAUGCAGAAGUGGAAGCGUAAGGACCUCCCAGCCAUCCGCCGCAGCAUGGCCAACCCAGAUGAGUUGGAUAGGUUGAUUACGGACCGGCCAGAGAGCUGCAGACGGAAGCCCAUGGACCCCGGGAUGACCCGUCUGCCCAGCUGUCCGUCUGGCCUAUCCCUGCCUGUCCCAGGCCAGAUGCAACCCCAGCCCAUGGUCACCCUGUCCCUGCAGUACCUGCCCAUGCACCAGCAUCACCAGCUCCAUGCCCAGGCCAGGCUGGCCCCGGUGUCCCCCCCCCCUGCCCAAACACCCCCCCUCCACACCGUUCCUGACCUCUCCAACAGCCUCCUCGCUACCCAGCAUCCCGGCAAGCAGCCGCACGACUUCUACAGUCUCCAUGGUGAGGUCAACGCAGAGGUGGACACGCUGGACCCCAGCAUCAUGGACUUCGCUCUACAAGGUAACCUGUGGGAGAUGAAAGACGACAGCUUUAAUCUGGAGGCAUUGGGCACCUUCAGUAACUCUCCCCUGCGUUUGUCUGACUGUGACAUUGGCACCAUGACGGGCAGCCUCCCUCCAGUCUACAGCGGGGGCAGCAUGCCCUUCUCAGACCUACAGGUGACGGGCAUGUACACCACCUACGCCGCCCUGGAUACCCUCUCUUCCCAGUACAUGGGCACACCAGGCAACAGCAAGCCCAUCACUGCCCUGCUUUAA